GAAAAACGCCGUCGUUUAGCGAACAAGCUAGCAAGCGUCGUCGUCUUCUGGAUUCCGCAGGUAGAUACCAAAACGUACCUUCAGAGGUUUCUUCGCUAUGGCAGCCAACGAUUCUUCAAAUGCUGUAGACACCGAAGUCAAACUCCACUCAGACGGUGACGAUGAUGAUGGAACGGAUAAAGAUUCCUCCAAGACAUUGACUAUCCCUGCUCCCGCCGUUUGUUUUGUCCGUUUCGCGGGAGAUGCAGCUGGCGGCGCCGUCAUGGGCUCUAUCUUUGGAUACGGUUCAGGAUUGUUCAAGAAGAAAGGGUUUAAAGGAUCGUUUGCAGAUGCAGGGCAGUCUGCAAAGACUUUUGCUGUUUUGUCUGGAGUACACAGUUUGGUUGUUUGCCUUCUCAAGCAAUUGCGUGGGAAAGAUGACGCCAUUAAUGUUGGGGUUGCUGGGUGCUGCACCGGCCUUGCUCUUAGUUUCCCUGGUGCUCCACAGGCUCUUCUACAGAGUUGCCUCACUUUUGGUGCUUUCUCUUUUAUCCUUGAAGGACUCAACAAAAGACAAACAGCUCUGGCUCACUCCGUCUCCUUGAGACACCAAACCGGAAACUUUCAAGAUCACCAUCGUCCUUUAGCACUCUCUCUCGCCCUCCCAAUCCACGAAGAGAUCAGUGGAGCCUUCUCUUCUUUCUGCAAGUCUUUAUCUAAACCCAAGAAGAUCUAAUCUCCCUUGAUUCUCAUUUUCUUGUGCCUUAGGUUCCCCUCUCUGUAGAUCUUUAAUCAUUUCCUCCUUUUUGCUGUACUGUGUGAGAGAAUGUUUUGUGAAACUAUUUUUGAAAGAGACACACUUUGUGUAACGUCGUAUUCUCUACUAAUACAAUGUUUUUGUAGACU